AUGGACUUUCCCCAACAAACAGUGGGCACCAAGGGGCAAAUUCCAAGCAGGGGCCGGGACAAUGUGACUGCAGUUGAAGAGCUCAGCCGGGCAGCCAGGAGAACAGAUAAGCGAGACACUGAGGCCAGGCAACCCUUGUCAUACAGGUUGCAGUGGACAGAGCUCGAGCCCUGUGACUGGAUCCUAUCCGAAGCUUGACAAACAGGUUCUCAGCACCACCCGAGGCUCAGAGCCCCUCCGCCAGAAGUAUCUCUCCUCAGGCGCCAGGCAGCUCCAGGCUAGGAUGGGCAGCCCAGUGCACCGAGUGUCCCUGGGGGAUACCUGGAGCAGGCAAGUGCACCCCGACAUAGAGAGUGAGAGGUACAUACCGUCCUUCAACGUGGAACGGCUCAUCAACAUCCUGGAUGGAGGUCCCCAGAACACUGAACUCCGGAGGAAAGUCGAGAGCGUCAUCCAGAGUGACCCAGAGUUUAGCCUGAAGGAUCAUUAUUUCAUGACGCAGAAUGAACACUACGUGGCCGCCGUUCGGAAGACAUUUCACCUCCAGAUAAUAGCAAAGCGCCUGGGCUGGUCGGAAAACAGCCCUGAAUUCUAUUACGCUUACAGAGCCGUUUCUGGAGAACUGGCCUUUAAUCUGCACAGAGUGUUCCAGAAAUCCCUCAGGAGCCUGGGCUCAGAGGAGCAGAUUGCCAAAUGGAACCCACUCUGCAACGAGUUCCAGAUCAUUGCAUCAUAUGCCCAGACAGAACUGGGACACGGGACGUAUCUUCAGGGCCUGGAGACCGAAGCCACCUAUGAUACGGCCACCCAGGAGUUUGUGGUGCACAGCCCCACGUUGACAGCCACCAAAUGGUGGCCUGGGGACAUUUCCUUAUCUGGACAAUGGGGCUUAUCAUACCCACCCUGCAAGAACUGGAAAGCACCAGCACGGGAGCCAGCAGAUAAAUGGGCCUCCUACACCAGAGAUCAUGUGGCGCCUCUCCUUUCUCCAACUUCAGUGGGACGGUCAGCCACCCACACUUUGGUCCAGGCCCAGCUGAUCUGCUCAGGAGCCCGGCGGGGCAUGCACGCCUUCAUCGUGCCUAUCCGGAGCCUUGAGGACCACAGCCCACUGCCAGGAGUCACCGUUGGAGACAUUGGGCCCAAGAUGGGCUUUGACUCCAUAGACAAUGGCUUCCUGCGACUGGACCACGUGCGGGUCCCUAGAGAGAACAUGUUGAGUCGCUUUGCACAGGUCUUGCCAGAUGGCACCUACUUCAAGCUCGGAUCACCGCAGACCAACUACUUUUCCAUGGUGGUGAUGCGGGUGGAUCUGCUGCUGGGCGAGAUCAUACCCCUGCUGCAGAAGGCCUGUGUCAUCGCCGUCCGCUACUCCGUCAUCCGCCGCCAGUCGCGCAUCCGGCCCAGCGAUCCAGAGGCAAAAAUCCUGGACUACCAGACACAGCAGCAGAAACUCCUUCCUCAUCUGGCCACAGCCUAUGCAUUCCAUUUCCUGGGGAGUAACCUCUCGGAAUUCUUGCACAGCUCCUAUGAUGCCAUUCUGAACAAAGACUUCAGCCACCUGCCUGAGCUUCACGCACUGAGCGCAGGAAUCAAGGCCAUGGUGUCAGACUUGUGCCUCCAGGGGACUGAGCUGUGCCGCCGAGCCUGUGGCGGCCACGGCUACUCGAACCUGAGCGGCCUGCCCUCACUGGUCACCAAAGUGACAGCCUCCUGCACCUACGAGGGUGACAACACCGUGCUCUAUCUGCAGACAGCCAGGUUUCUGGUGAAAAACUAUCAGCAAGCUCAUCCAACCCCAGGCUCCACACUGCAGAGGUCUCUCCCUCAGUCUGUUGCAUACCUGGCCACAACUGACCUGGCCAGAUGCCCAGCCCAGAAAGCAGCUGACUUCCUCCAUCCGAAACUCUAUACCACAGCCUGGGCACACGUGGCAACCAGGCUCGUGAAGGACUCUGUGAAUCACUUAGAGACUCUGAUGCAAUCCGGAGCUGACUGGGAUGAGGCCUGGAACCAGACCACAAUCCUACACCUCCAUGCUGCUAAGGCGCACUGCUACUACAUCAGUGUGAAGAGUUUUACAGAAACUCUGCAGAAACUAGAAAACGAACCAGAGGUUCAGCAGGUGAUCAAACACCUCUGUGACCUCUAUGCUCUCCACGGCAUCCUGACCAGUGCCGCUGACUUUCUCCACGAUGGCUUCCUGUCUGGGGCCCAAGUAGAUGCGGUGAGAACUGCCUACCUGGACCUGCUCCGCCUCAUCCGGAAGGAUGCCAUCUUGUUAACUGAUGCUUUUGACUUCACGGAUCACUGUUUAAAUUCAGCACUUGGCUGUUACGAUGGAAAUGUCUAUGAACGUCUGUUCCACUGGGCCCAGGAGUCACCGACCAAUACUCAGGGGAACCCUGCCUACGAGAAAUACUUAAGACCACUAUUACAAAGUCAGAGAUCCAAGCUGUGAAGUAAUCAACAGCAUUCAAGAGGCACCACCGUGUGAUAAUGAUAACCCAUGAAAGGAAAAAGGGAGAGCGAAGUGCUGAAGAUGGUCGGUCAGUGGGUCCACGGAAGUUUGCACUAUUCUACUUCUGAAUAUGUUUGAAAUUUCCGACAAUAAAAAACAGUAGUGCUAUCCAUUUGUAGCAUCUAUUUAGUAAAACUAAAGAGUUUUACUUUAGAUCUAAAGUCAAUAGAUGGGGCACUUGGGUGGCUCAGUCUAUUAAGCAUCUGCUUUUGGCUCAGGUCAUGAUCCCAGGGUCCUGGGAUCGAGUCCCGCAUCAGGCUCCCUGCUCAGCAGGGAGCCAGCUUCUCCCUCUCCCUCUGCUGCUCCUCUGCCUACUUGUGAUCUCUCUCUCUCUCUGUCAAAUAAAUAAAUAAAAUCUUUAAAAGAAUAAAUUUAAAAAAUAAAGUCAAUAGACUCAUCAGUUAUCACUUAUAUCUAAU